AUGUCGUUCACGAUCGAGGCGAAGCCCGUGGUCCAAUAUCAUGCCGCGGACAUGAAGCACGUCCGCACGUGGGUGCCCCAGUACACCAAGACGAUCGAUGGACCUACGUACGUCGAGCUCAGGCAGACAGAUAGACCUCUCGCUGUCUUACUCGGCCUAUCCCACGAGGGCAAGGCCAAGUACUGGAGCAAGAGCUGCAUCCUGGAGGAUUUGCGCAAGGCGAGGAACACGCGCGUGGACGAGGUCUUACUUGCCCACUUGCAUGCGUGCAACCCGUGCGAGAAGCCACCCGCUCUCCCAGAUGGCUUCAACAGGAUGGCGGUGAAUCCCGACGACUUGCCCUAUGGCGCGACCUUCAAUAUGAAGAUGACCGUGGAGCUCAUGCCAUUGAGGGUGCCAUGUGUUGAGCUGACCGUGGAGAAUCUCACUUGGCUCCAGAAGGUGGCGACGGCGUCGGCCUUGCAGCCAACGCCU